AUGCCCAUCGCCGUGGGGGAGUUGAAGGUACCCUGGGUAGAGGACCAUGUCCCCUCUCGUCAGUUAGCGAAGGAAGAUCGGUUUCGCCAUCUGUUAGGCCAGAUUGCAUCCUACCUCAAGGACCUGGGUCUGAGCUAUGGCUUCUAUACCACCGUUGAAGAAACCGUUUUUCUCCAAGUGGACGACGCCCCGGGAGGUCAUCAAUCGGUCUUAAAAUACUCCCCCAUCAUCAGUAGGAAAGAUACCUACCAUCCGGGGCAGUCAGUAACCCUUCGGCAAUGCUUCUACUUCCUGGGGGGCCAUGGCGGCACAAAACCCUCACCAUACCACGGUGGUGAGUCGCCGUAG